GAAGGGAAUUCAUCAUAAUGGGAUCAUUUCCCUUCUUUUCAUUUUUCCUUUUCACAAUAUGCAUUAUUUUCUCUUCUCUUCAAAGUUGCACUCUUGGUUGUUCUGACCUAAUCAAACAAUCAUGCAAGAAAGCUACCAAUGAUGAUCCAAAUUUGAGCUAUAAUAUUUGCAUCAAAAUCGUAGGGGUCAAUUCCAAGGCCAACAAGGCUAAAACCAUUGAAGAACUAGCCCUUGCCUCUAUUGACUUGGCCAUAUGCAAUGCCACCAAAGUUGCUUCCACCAUUUCUAAUGUUUUGAGGUCAAAAGUAAAAGUGAUGAAGAAUAACUACACCGAGGGCUGCCUGAAGGACUGCUUGAAGAUCUACUCCGACGCUAUUUCGUCUUUGCGUGAAGCAAAACAUGCCAUUCGAGUCAAGGACUUUAAGACAGCUAAUGUGGAAAUUAGCUCUGCAAUGGAUGCUCCUUCCACUUGUGAAGAUGGGUUCAUUGAGAGACAAGGUGAAGUUUCCCCUAUAACUAAGGAGAAUCAAGUAUUCUUUCAGCACACUGUCGUUUCUCUUGCUUUUAACAAUAUGGAUGGUCAUCUUGGUUUAUAGG